UCGCUUUUCCGCACUUCCUGGGUAGUGUAGUUUCCGGUCCGGCGCCCAUUCUGUACCAGCUCGGCGGAGACCACCCGGUGCAAAUCCCCUGAGCCGCUGCUAGCAGAUGCUGCCGCGGGAGGGCUCAGAGGCCUUGAGAUGUUUGCCAUGUUUCGGAAACCCAAGACAGUGAAGCUGCGAGCCCUGCACAGCGCAAACAAGUUCGGGGUGGCGGGCCGGACCUGCCAGGAAGUGCUGCGCAAGGGGUGCCUCCGCUUCCAGCUACCUGUGGCUGGCUCCCGACUGUGCCUGUAUGAAGAUGGGACUGAGGUGACUGAAGACUAUUUUCUCAGCCUCUCCGACAAUGCUGAGCUGGUGCUGCUCACCACGGGCCAGACCUGGCAGGGCUCAGAUGUGAGUGACAUUGGUCGCUUCCUCAGUGUAUUUCAUGAGCCGCACGCAGGGGUAGUCCAGGCUGCUAGGCAGCUAAUGUGUGAUGAGCAGGCCCCUCUGCGGCAGAAGCUGCUGGCUGAUCUGCUGCACAACCUUAGCCAGAACAUCGAGGCUGAGACGCGCGCUGAGGACCCACCCUGGUUUGAAGGCCUGGAGUCCCGAUUUAGGAGUAAGUCUAGCUAUCUACGAUAUAGCUGUGAGAGCCGGAUCCGGAGUUACCUGAGAGAGGUGAGCUCUUAUACCUCCAUGGUGGAUGCAGAGGCUCAGGAGGAAUAUAUGCGGAUCCUUGAUUCCAUGGGCCAGAAGCUCAAGUCUGCACAGUACAAUGGCAGCUACUUUGACAGAGGAGCUAAGGCUAGUGGCCGUCUCUGUACACCAGAAGGCUGGUUCUCCUGCCAGGGUCCUUUUGACAUGGAUGACUGCCUGUCUAAACACUCCAUCAACCCCUACGGUAACAGGGAGAGCAGGGUCCUCUUCAGCACCUGGAACCUGGACCACAUAAUAGAAAAGAAACGCACCAUUGUCCCCACACUGGCUGAAGCCGUUAAGGAGCAAGACGGGAGAGAAGUAGACUGGGAGUACUUCUAUGGCCUUCUUUUUACUUUAGAGAAUCUGAAAUUGGUGCACAUUGCAUGCCAUAAGAAAACCACCCACAAGCUCAGCUGUGACCCGCGCAGAAUCUAUAAACCCCAGCCAAGAAUGAAGAGGAAACGGCCUGCUCGGAAAUGCCAGUGACUGGCACACACUAUGUUCUGCCCUUGUGUGAGGCCCCACAGUGUGUGCAACGUUCUUAACGGGUGCUUUUUUUUUUUUUUUUUUUGUCGCUCUAGUACUUUCUGGAGAAAAGUUAGAAAAACCUUUCCUACAAAUCUGAUUUCAGUACAUUCCUGAAUCUGGUUUCUAUACCUAUUGAUAGUCCAAUUUCAUAGGGCAGCUUUGGGGUUUUUGCCAGACACCUGUGAGCUCCAGGUCAUACUCUUGGCAGGGACAUGGAAUUGUCUGUGAGCUCAGGAAUUCUUCCAUUCUCUGACUUCACUAGGAUUCCGUGUACUUCUAUAGGGUGGUAUCUGUGCUAAAACAGCAUCAUGGCUAAACCUGGCCCCUCUUGCUUCAGGGACCACUGUUGAGCAUCAGCUCUCUGAUGGAUUUCCAUUUCCACAGCAAAUGGGACUGCUCCAAUCUCUGAACUCUUCUAAGUGCUCAAGCGAGAAGUGUGAUGCUCUGGGUGUAAAAUGUUUGUAUGACACGAAUAGCACACAAGGAUAGUCACUGCUGAGUUGUUUAUUAUGGCCCAAAGUGGGAAACUCUUCAAAUAUCUUUCAGUAGCAGAAUAGCUGAUUUUACGGAAUAGCUGAUUGUGGCAUUAUGUUGAACCACACUAAAUUGCUGUUUUUGUAGGUCAAACACUGUCAGAUAUAAUUAAUUGCAUGAUUCAAUCUAAUACAUCUACAUAAUGUAAAACUAUGUAGCCAUUUUAAGUGUUAAUAUGUGUUUGUGUGUAAAAAUGGGAAGCUGUUAAAUGCACAGGUGGCCUAAUGAUGCUGAAUUUGAUCUAUCUAUUUAAUAAAAGGCUAGCGUGCUCAUCACCAUGAAUGUCAGCCUGCUGAGUCUGGAAGGAAGGAACCAUACCAAAUAAAAUGGCAGUAAUCCUGGGGCAUUCUAUGUGGGGAGGUGGGGCUGGAUUGGAAAAGGACUAAUUUUCUAAAUCAUGUAUACUUGAAGUUUUUGAAAUGAGUAUUUAUUUCAUAACAUUUUAAAAUGUACUUUCAAAAGCCAUACGUUUUAUAAUUACUCGAAUUUUUACAUUUACCAUGUAAUAAGAAAUAGCAAUAAAGAUGUUCCAAAGCCAUA